UCAGGCGCUUGUGAAGGUGUUGCUGCUCCUCUCUCUAUGAAUGAAGAUUGAACUUCAUCCCAGACUGCAACUUCUUUCUUCUGUCCAAAUUUGUGAGCCGCACUCGGACCACGCAGGGCUGUGGGUCCGACCCGGACCUGCACAUUUCGAUCCAGUGUGCCCGCUCCACACUCAACAGGCCCGACUCCAACUCCAGCCCCAGGAAUCCAAUAAGGUCUUCGCCUUCCUCGCAUUCCGGAAGACCCACGAGCUAGUAUUUGAUCUGAAGAUGAAGUUUCAAAAUCAAGAUGAAGGGCUUAUGCCUGAACCAUUGACUCUCCUGCUCCUCGGAUGCUGUCUGACCCGCAGUUUUCGACUCUGAUUCUCCAGCAUUUGUGAGUCACUCAAUCCAUCGGGACUGCAACAAUUUUCGACUGUGAUCCAAUUGGUUCCUGUUUCAGUCUGUUUUCAGCAUCAGUGGGACUGGAAGAGAGACCCUACUGUUGCAGCAACACAGAGUGAGGAGCCUGAAACAGUUAUCUGGCCUGAAAAGAGGAAUUCAAGGCUGGGAGAGGACAUACACGCGUUUGUGUGCAACUGUAGCUUCGGCCAUGGAGAAACCAUGGAAGUGUGGCGACUGCGGGAAAGGUUUCCGUGUCCCGUCUGCCCUGGAGACACAUCGUCGCAGUCACACCAGGGAGAAGCCAUUCUCCUGUCCUGAGUGCGGGAAGGCCUUCAGUGAUUCCUCUGCCCUGCUGAGGCACCGGCGAGUGCACACAGGGGAGAGGCCCUUCAGCUGCCCUGAGUGCAGGAAGAGCUUCAGCGAUUCCUCCGCCCGGCUGAGGCACUUGCGGGUGCACACAGGGGAGAGGCCCUUCAGCUGCCUCAAGUGUGGGAAGGCCUUCAACGAUUCCUCCGCCCUGAUCAGGCACCAGCGGCUGCACACAGGGGAGAGGCCCUUCCGCUGCCCCGAUUGUGGGAAGGUGUUCACUCGCUCCUCCCACCUCGUGAUUCACCGGCGGGUCCACACCGGUGAGAAGCCCUUCCCCUGCCCCAAAUGUGGGAAGGCCUUCAGCGAUUCCUCUGACCUGCUGGCCCACCGGCGGGUCCACACUGGCGAGAGGCCGUUCACCUGCUCUGUCUGCGGGAAGUGCUUCACACGCUCUUCUGACCUGCUGAAGCACCAGCGUGUCCACACUGGGGAAAGGCCCUUCAGCUGCUCUGAGUGCGGGAAGGGCUUUACUCAGGCAUCCCACCUGCUGACACACCGGUGGGUCCACACUGGGGAGAGGCCGUUCACCUGCCUCGAGUGCGGGAAGGGCUUUGCUGAUUUAUUCAGUUUGUUAAUCCACCGCUGUGUCCACACCGGGGAGCGGCCCUUCACCUGCUCAGUCUGCGGCAAGGGCUUCACCCAGUCGUCCCACCUGCUGUCCCACCAGCGGGUCCACACCGGGGAGAGGCCGUACGCCUGCUCCGAGUGCGGGAAGGACUUCAGCGACUCGUCCACCCUGCUGCGGCACCAGCGGGUCCACACCGGGGAGCGGCCCUUCACCUGCUCCGUCUGCGGCAAGGGCUUCACCCAGUCGUCCCACUUGCUGUCCCACCAGCGGGUCCACACCGGGGAGAGGCCGUACGCCUGCUCCGAGUGCGGGAAGGACUUCAGCGACUCGUCCACUCUGCUGCGGCACCAGCGGGUCCACACCGGGGAGCGGCCCUUCACCUGCUCCGUCUGCGGCAAGGGCUUCACCCAGUCAUCCCACCUGUUCUUACACCAGCGGGUCCACACCAGGGAGAGGCCGUUCAGCUGCUCAGUCUGCGGCAAGAGCUUUACCCACUCGUCCAACCUGCUGACCCACCGCCGGGUCCACACCGGGGAACGGCCCUUCACCUGCUCCGUCUGCGGCAAGGGCUUCACCCACUCGUCCACCCUGCUGUCCCACCAGCGGGUCCACACCAGGGAGAAGCCGUUCAGCUGCUCUGUCUGCGGCAAGAGCUUCACCCACUCGUCCACCCUGCUGACCCACCAGCGGGUCCACACUGGGGAGAGGCCCUUCACCUGCUCGGUCUGCGGCAAGGGCUUCACCUGGUCGUCCACCCUGCUGCAGCACCAGCGGGUCCAUACCGGGGAGCGGCCGUUCUUCUGCCCUGAGUGCAGGAAGGCCUUCAGCAAUUCCUCCGCCCUGCAGGCCCACCAGCAGGUCCACACAGGGGAGAGGCCGUUCCCCUGCACUGAGUGCGGCAAGAUCUUUAGCAAUUCCUCCAUCCUGCUGAAGCACCGGCGGGUCCACACGGGGGAGAGGCCCUUCAGCUGCCCUGAGUGCGGGAAGGCCUUUACACAGGCGUCCAUCCUGCUGACCCACCGGCGGAUCCACACUGGGGAGAGGCCGUUCUCCUGCCCCGAGUGUGGGAAGGGAUUCAGUCAGGUGGGCAACUUGCGUACGCACCAGAGGGUCCACACUGGGGAGAAGCCCUUCAGCUGCCCCGAAUGUGGGAAGGCCUUCAGCUAUUCCUCCGACCUGCUGAAGCAUCAGCGCGUCCACACCGGGGAGAGGCCCUUCAGUUGCCCCGAGUGCGGGAAAGGCUUCAGCGAUUCCUCCGACCUGCUGAAGCACCAAAGGGUCCACACAGGGCAGAAGCCCUUCAGCUGCCCCGAGUGCGGGAAGGCCUUCAGCGAUUCCUCUGCCCUGGUGAAGCAUCGGCGAGUCCACACGGGGGAAAGGCCCUUCGACUGCCCCGAGUGCGGGAAAAGCUUUGCCCGGUCCUCCAACCUGCUGACCCACCGGCGGAUCCACGGGGAGAGGCCCUUCAGUUGCCUCGAAUGCGGGAAAGGCUUCACCCGCUCUUCCCACCUCCGGAGCCACCAGCGAGUUCACGUGCCAUCGCAGGGGGAUUGAAGGAGUGACGGCCAAGUGCCAUUAUCGACUGGAUGAUCAACCCAGUUCCAGGGAUUCCGGGUUCAAUUCCCACCGCGACAGAUGG